AUGGGCAAGGAAACAAGAGCCGAUCAAAACUACACCAAACAGCCCUUUCUACUCUCAGUUGACGAGACAGUAAAUGAGGCUCAAACGAACCUUGACUCGGGCUUGAAAAGUGCCCAAGUACAGGAGAAACAGCAGAAAUAUGGUCCCAACAGUCUUCAGGGAGAUGGAGGAGUCUCGUGGUACUCAAUUCUCGGCAAGCAAAUAUCAAAUGCCAUGAUACUGGUAUUGGUUUUGGCAAUGGCCUUGGCUUACGGUGUCGAAGAUUUCAUUGAGGGCGCCGUCAUUACUGGCGUCAUCGUCCUCAAUGUCUCCAUUGGUUUCUAUCAGGAGUUCCAAGCCGAGAAGAAAAUGGAUGCCCUCCGGUCACUCUCAUCACCAUCCGCCAAUGUUGUGCGCGAUGGCAACGAAAUGACGAUUGCCUCUGGUGAAGUUGUCCCUGGCGACAUUGUUUCCAUCAAAAUGGGUGACACUGUACCAGCCGAUAUUCGUCUCUUUGAGGUAAUGAAUUUGGAAUGUGAUGAGGCCAUCCUCACCGGUGAGGCCCUACCUGUCGCCAAAGAAAUUGACUUCGAGACGAAACACGGAGCCAAAGAAGACGCAGGCCUCGGCGAUCGUCUAAAUAUCUGCUAUUCAUCUUCAACCGUUACCAAAGGCCGUGGUCGAGGCAUUGUCGUCUACACCGGAAUGUCUACAGCCAUUGGUGGAAUCGCUGCGUCGAUGCAAAAGAAACGCCGCAAGCCCAAUCGAUCAAUGUCAAGGAAGAAACAUGGUCCUAUGCAACCCGUCAAAGGAGGUGCGCUACGCACCUACGAUGGCAUUCUGAAAUUCCUCGGUCUGACGGGCGGCACCCCGCUGCAAAUCAAGCUUAGCAAACUCGCAUAUGCCUUGUUUGGUUGUGCGUUACUCCUUGCCAUCAUUGUGUUCGGCGUCAACCGUUUCAAUGUCACCAACGAAGUCGCCAUUUACGCAAUCUCUACCGGCAUCGCCAUCAUCCCCGAAUCUUUGAUCGCCGUUCUUACCAUCACCAUGGUCGUCGGCAUGACUCAAAUGCGGAAGCGCAAGGUCGUCGUUCGACAGCUCAGUGCGCUCGAAGCUCUAGGAGGUGUGACAAAUAUCUGUUCUGACAAGACAGGUACAUUGACACAAGGCAAAAUGGUCACUCGCAAGGCGUGGAUCCCGGGAGUUGGUAUCUACAGCGUAGAGAACUCAAACAACGCUUCUGAUCCCACCGAAGGUACAAUCACAUUUGGCAAAGCACCCAUGUCGCGCAAGGAAGCCGAAGCUGCAAGACUCGCUCGAGAAGAGGCCCUUGAUCAAAAGCGAAGUGUGGCCAAUGUUGCAUUCGACGUUCCCAACGGCAAAUUUCAAAAGGACAACGAAAAAUCUGCUCCUGUGGAAACCGAUGUCAAGGAGAACCCAACGGUCACCCCAGAGCUACAGGCCUUCCUCGAAUCAGCUGCUCUCUGUAACCUUGCUACGGUUCGCAAAGUCACCGAGGAGGGACAAGAAAAGUGGAAGACUUCUGGAGAUCCUACAGAGAUUGCCCUCCAAGUCUUCUCUCAUCGGUUCGAUUAUGGAAAGAAAGCCCUUGAGGAAAAGGGCUGGUCCCAGAAGAUGGAAUUCCCAUUCGACAGUUCCAUCAAACGUAUGUCAGUUGUCUACAAGAGCCCAGAGGAGGAACGUUCCAUAGUAUUCACCAAAGGAGCUGUUGAGCGCAUUAUCGACCUUUGCACUACGGCAGGUACCGGAGACAACGAGAAGGAGAUCACACCAGAGUACAAGGAAAGUAUUCUCGAGCAGAUGAACUUUCUCGCUGAGCAAGGUCUUCGUGUCCUUGCCAUUGCACGAAAAUUCACCUCUAUGGAUAUUGCAGAGCACUCAGAAAUAGAUCGAGGAGAAGUUGAAAAGGAUCUUUGUCUGCUUGGUCUUGCCGGGCUCUACGACCCACCUCGCUUGGAGACCAAGGGAGCCGUACAAGCUUGUACCAAUGCAGGAAUUACCGUCUCUAUGUUGACAGGUGAUCAUCCAUCAACAGCUGCCGCAAUUGCCAAAGAGGUCGGAAUCAUUCCCAAGAAUAUGGGUACCCUGGCUCCUGAUGUGGCAGCAGCCAUUGUUAAGACGGCCACUGAAUUCGACAAGAUGACAGAUGCUGAGAUCGAUGCUCUGCCAACUCUCCCGCUGGUUGUUGCACGUUGCGCUCCGGAAACCAAGGUCCGUAUGAUUGAAGCUUUACAUCGUCGCAAUAAGUAUGCUGCGAUGACAGGCGACGGUGUUAACGAUUCUCCAUCCCUCAAGCUCGCUGAUGUCGGUAUCGCCAUGGGUCUCAAUGGUUCUGACGUCGCCAAAUCCGCUUCUGACAUCGUUUUGACUGACGACAACUUCGCCAGCAUUGUCAAUGCAGUUGAAGAAGGUCGACGUAUGUUUGACAAUAUUCAACGCUUCGUCCUCCACCUUCUCACGUCCAAUGUCGGCGAAGUCAUCCUCCUGAUCUGCGGUCUAGGCUUCCAAGAUGCCUCUGGAUUUUCUGUCUUCCCCCUAUCGCCUCUUCAAAUCCUGUGGAUCAAUAUGCUUACAUCCUCCUUCCCAGCAUUUGGUCUUGGUCGCGAGAAGGCCGCACCAGAUGUUAUGGAGCGUCCGCCUCACGACAACAAAAAGGGUGUCUUCACAUGGGAGUUGAUCACCGACAUGCUGGUUUACGGCACUAUCCAAGGAACCUGCUGCCUGAUGACCUUCAUUUUCAUCGUCUACGGCCCUGGCCAAGACGGUCUUGGCGUCGACUGCAACCACCACUACAGUGAAAGCUGCGAUGUGGUGUUCCGUGCACGAGCCGCUGUCUUUGCCGAAUUGACCUGGUUGAUCCUCAUUUCCGCCUGGGAAUUCAAAGCUAUGCGCCGCAGCAUGUUCAAGAUUAAUCCACACGAUACGCGUGCCUUCCCCUUCUUCGCUGAUAUCUGGGAGAACCAAUUCCUCUUCUGGUCCGUCGUUAUUGGUGCACUCAGCGUCUUCCCCGCCGUCUAUAUCCCGGGUUUAAACACCUCGGUCUUCAAACACAAAGGGAUCUCUUGGGAAUGGGCCCCCGCCAUCAUCUGCGUUUUCGUCUUCGUGUCUGGUAUGGAGCUCUGGAAGCUCGUCAAGCGCUCCAUGGGCUGGUUCCAGGCGGAGGAAACCGAGGGUAUGAAGGCUCGCAGACAUGCACGCUCCGCACUCGGCUUACGCCAGGGUUUCUUCACCAUGGCAAGGAGUUUCACAAAGUCCAAGUCUGAGGAGAAACGUCCUGUUAGUGAGUCUGCGAGCCCAGAGAGGGCAGUUAUCGUGCCGGGACGACAGGACGUAUAA